AUGUCCUCGGCGUCAGCUCCGCGUACGAGCCAACGCUCAACCAAGGGUGUGCCACCAUUGAGAUAUGGACACGAGGAGCCCGAACUCGCCGUGGCUGCGGAUAAAAGGAGCUCGGUGUCCGCUGUCCCGUCCAGGGCCAGUAGCGGUUCCCAGCUCAAGGUCGAACUGAAAGCUACAGAGCUGGAAGCGGCGGAGGAGCUCGCCACCAUGGAGUUAGAUGUAAAGAAAAGGGAGAUUGAACUCCGCAAGGACAUUUGGGCCAAAAAGUUGGCGUUAGAGGAAGCAAUAAAAACGGAGCAGCUGUCCCAGAGGAGUUCCCCGAGGCGGCGAGGGCAUGGCUUGACUGCGGAGGCACUUGCCAAGUUUGACGAUGCCUUGCAAAGAUGUGGCAACACUCGUGUCGUCCCGGCCGCAAAGUGCGUAUCAUUGAGUCGUGUGGACCAGGGUCGUGUUGUCAAGCCACCAGUGCAAGCUGGUGCCGAAACCCGGGGAUAUGAUAGCCUGACUGAACAUACAGCAGCAGUGGAUGGCGCGCGGAACAUGGACUGGAGAAUGUUCGCCGCAAGGCAGUCAGCUGGCACGUCUGAGGCCUCCGACGAUUCCGCAGUGUCAUUCAGUCAGGCUCAGCAGCCAAGGCCAAUCUGGCACUCAGCUGUGCGGCAUCCAGGAGCUGCAGUGCAGCACACAAUGGCAGUGCAGCACGGAAAGCGAGCCGUGCACCAUCACCACGCUUCAGUGCACCAACCAGUAGCAGCUGCCUCGUACCUAGUGCGGCAGCAACCAGUGCUCAAUCAGCUACCUGUAACCGUUGCGGGUGCACUGAGCAUGCCUCAGCCGCAGCCGCCACCACAACAGUCACAACCGCAGCAGACGUACAGACCACAGCCUCGUCGAAUCGUCGAACAUCAGACGCUCCCACCCGACAUGGCCCGCGUGCAAAAAUGGGCAGACGGCAUACCAGACGGUUGGCGCCAGGGCAUUCGCCAGGCACAAAUAAAACCGUUGGAGCUGCCAAAGUUUAAUGGGGAAGAGAGCAGCUACAUGAAGUGGCAGCAGCGUUUUUUGCGUCUGGUGGACGAGGACCCAUAUGUGUCCGACCACUACAAGAUGGCUCGUCUUCGCGAAGCAGUGGCCGGUGGAGCAGCAGAAGAUCUGAUAGCGGACUUGCUGGACGGCGAGGGUGCGUACCAGUCCGCAAUGGCUGAGCUGGAUGCGUGGUAUGGUGGCAGCCAGCGCGAGCUCGAGCGCCAGCAGAAAGAGCUGUAUGCACUGCCACGCAUUCAGCACGACAAAGACACCACCGCUCUGCAGACGCUCGCCAUCAAGCUCCGCAACGUGCUGCUAAACAUGCAGGCGGGCCACAUCAUGCCGGGAAGAGAGAUGUACGUAACGGUUACACAGAAACUGCCCCGCAACCUUCUGCUGCGCUACAUUGAGCGUUAUGACGACGCCACUGGUAACGUGGAUGACCUGUCCAGAUGGCUGCUGGAUAGAGUGCAUCGUAUGCGCCAGGUCGAUGCUCGCAUUGGGGACGUCUUGACGGUCAAAAAGCCGGAGAAAGCGGCUACAGGGCGUACGCAAGGCCACCACACCAUGGCCACCAUUCCAGCAGCUAGCAGCAGAACAACGUCGGCCUCGGCACCAGAGCCACGAACAACGGUGUGCCCGGUGUGCCAGGGGCAUCAUGCCCUUGCUGUAUGUGCUGAGCUGCGCAAGAUGUCGGUGCGCGAGAGGUGGGGAGCGGUCAAGCCCCUGUACAGCGUUUGUACGAAUUGCCUACAGACAGGGCAUCGUUCAAAUGACUGCUCUGCUAAGCCAUGUGAUGCGUGUGGACGAAAACAUAACAGUUUGUUACAUGUUUGGAAAUCGGACAAGCCACACAUUAAUAUCUCUACUACUGACGCCAAGGCCAGACACACAGCGGUCAGCAGUUCGACACAGGCAGCCAGGCAGCACACAGCAUCGCCAACAGCCAGCGUGCCGUCAGCAGGUGCGGCACUGCACAUCCUGCAAGAGCCAGCUGCGACUCUACGCGCGUCCGGUGGAAUGGCGUUCAUGACCGUGUCUGCCACACUAGUCAACAAGGACCGCCAGAUGCAGGUGACCGCCCUGCUCGACUCAGCGUCAUCAACGAGUUACGUCACCGAGUCUGUGGCCCAGGAGCUUGGACUUACGGGUCCUCAAGAGUCAUUGCAGACCACAGUACUCGGAGGGAAGACAGUUAGUGGCACCCGACCGCACAUCAAUGUCGGUGUCCAGACUCAAGACGGCAGACUGGCCCAGUUUAGUGCGUGGGUGCUGCCAGCUGUAACGCCAAUGAGUACGGUGGACUGGGCCCAGAACAGCGGCACGUGGGCAGGAAACAUCGAAUUCCAGCCGUUGCCGUCUCCCACAGUGGGCAUUCUGAUCGGUCUGAAUGCAGCAGAGCUGCACACGUCACUGGAGGAGCGCAGCGGCCACUCAGAGAGCGGACUGAUUGCCCGGCGCACACCACUCGGUUGGGUGUGUUUCGGCCCCUUGGGGAACAACAGUACUGCACUGCAACAUACCUGCAUCGCCCUGUGCACUGAGGCUGGCGUACAAGAAGAAAGUAAGCUCGAUGAGAUCGUUCACAAGUUCUGGGAGACAGAAAAGGUGGGCACGGAAGCGGCAGCAUCCAAUGUCGAGACGCCAUCGCCAGCUGAUCGCCAGGCCGAGUUACACACCAACAACACUGUGCGGUAUGAAGACGGGCGCUACACGAUGUCCAUUCCAUGGGCGAGCAGCCAGUCACAGCCUCAGCUGACCUCCAACCGCAUCAUGGCCGAGCAGCGGUUGAGGUCCUUGGAGAAAGCACUGGACAAGCGACCAGCAGUGAAGAAGCAGUAUCACGAGGUCAUGAACAGUCAUAUUGAGAAAGGCUACGUCAGCAUGGUACCUACUGAGCAAGCUGACGGAGAGGACCAAUGGUAUCUGCCGCACUUUCCGGUGGUACGCGACGAUAAGAGUACCACGAAAGUCAGAAUUGUCUUUGACGCAGCGGCAGAGUGCAACGGUGUCUCGAUUAACGACGAGAUGUUGACCGGUCCAGCGCUGCAAAACGACGUAUCCUCUGUGCUGCUGCGCUUUUGUAUGGAGCCAGUUGCUCUGGUAGCGGACAUCGCUGAAAUGUUCCCGCAAGUCGUUCUCGCAGAAAGUGACAGGAAAUACCAUCGUUUCCUGUGGAGGGUGGAUGGAGAAGUCUGUGUGUUUGAGUGGAACCGGCUAGUGUUCGGCAUAAAGGCAUCCCCCUACCUGGCAGGCAAGGCGGUCAAGAAGACCCUGGAACACUUUGGUGAUGGGUACUCUGCAGCAGCGGUGGAAGCCAUCGACAAGUCCACGUAUGUGGACGACCUGCUGAGCUCGGCUGCAUCCGACGAAGCUGCGUGCAACACCCAGCAGCAAACGCAGUGUCUCCUAGCGCAGGGUGGGUUCCACUUGCGGAAGUGGUUAUCGAACAGUGCAGCCGUCAUGGAGUCCAUCCCAGAGGCCGACCGUGCCAAGGAAGCGGUGUUAAACUUGGGUGAGCGAGAUGCUCACAGCUGCCUAACAACAGUGAAGACACUCGGCGUCAGCUGGCAUUCACAGUCCGACACGUUCACCUUCCGCUACCAGCAGACCAAGCAGAGCCCAACGAAGCGUUCAGUGCUGAGCGGGCUGUCGACUGUGUUCGACCCGAGAGGCCAGAUCGCGCCAUUCACUAUCCGGGCACGCAUCCUUUUCCAGGACUUGUGUCUACUUGGUGUUGGCUGGGAUGAGCGACUCCCUAGCGCAGAGACGAAGAAAUGGCAAGCCUGGUUCGGUGAGCUGCCAGGUCUCUCAGGAGUUCAGGCUCCACGCAGCUUCAAGGCACCAGGUGCACCAGAGAGCCAGCUGUCGGUUCACACCUUUGUUGACGCAUCUGAUCGAGCUAUUGCCGCGUCAGCAUACGUGCGUGCAGUGGACACUACCGGCAACGUCAGAGUAACUCUGGCAAUGGCCAAGGCAAAGCCAGCUCCAAUCCGUCGACAGAGCAUCCCUCAACUUGAGCUACGUGGUGCGGUACUCGGUAUCCGCGUGAGCCAGCACCUGGAGCAAGCCAUCGGGAUACCUAUUAGCCAGCACACAUUCUGGACAGACUCUAUGAAUGUGCUUGGCUGGAUCCGCAACCACAGCAGGCGGUACAAGGUUGACAUCGGCAACAGAGUAUCACUCAUCCAGGAAGUGACCAGCGUCAAGCAGUGGCACCACAUCAGCGGCAAGAAUAACCCAGCUGACAAAGCGACGCGUGGCCUACUAGCAGAGGACUUGGCCAAUGACACGUUGUGGUGGAACGGUCCUGCCUUCCUCUCCAGCGCACCAGAGGAUGACUGGCCCAAGCUUCCAGACUCUGUUCCGACAGCCGAAUUACCUGGCCAGUUGAAGCGGAUGAUUGAGGCCACACUAGUCACGGUACCAGCAGAGGACGAGCAGCAAACUAGCCGACUCAACCCGGUCAACUUUAGCAGCUGGCUACGACUUGUGCGGGUCACCGCAUGGUGCAAACGUUUUGCGGACAACUGCCGACACCGCCAGGCUCAGCCAGCAGACCCUACAGCGCAGCAGUCAUCCAGCGCUACAUCCAGCAUCAGUGUCGCACGCGAUGGCAGCCGUCCGACUCGCAAGGCCUUGAAGCGAAGGCACGCCCUGCCAGCAGUAGAAGUGCCCGAGCUCUCAGUGAGCGAAGUUCGCAAUGCUGAAUUCCACUGGUUUGCCAACGCUCAGCAGGACUCUUACAGUGACGUCAUCAAGGCCCAGCGCAGCGGUCAACCAUUGCCCAAGGCGCAUGCACUUAGCCAUCUGAUGCCAGAGUGGGAUGGAGACGCGAAGCCAGGGCUUCUCCGCAUGAACGGGCGCCUGAAAACCGCUCAUCAUUUGCCCAGUGGAGCCCGGCGACCCAUCAUCCUGCCAGGCAAGCACCCUGUUACGGCUCUACGUAUUGCGCAUGAGGAUGUGAAGUGCAAGCAUGUGGCUGGAAAGAACCACUUACUGGCAAACCUCAACGGCGAGUUCUGGGUGGUUGGUGGUCUCGGCGCUGUCAAGGCUCACCGACGUUCCUGCCCUGGCUGCAAGUUACAGUGGGCCAAGCCAGCUGAGCAGUUGAUGGCGCCGUUGCCAAGCUUCAGAACAGCAGAACCUGUACGUGCGUUUCACCGAGCGGGCGUGGAUUUCGCAGGGCCAUUCCUGACGAAGCAAGGUCGUGGCAGGGUCAAGACCAAGCGCUAUCUGUGCGUCUUCACCUGCCUCCAGUCAAGAGCAGUGCACCUGGAGAUGGCAUACUCCCUCGACACUGAUGGUUUCCUGCUGGCUCUGAGUAGAUUUGUGAAGCGACGCGGUCGACCGGCUCUGAUUGUGUCGGACAACGGCACAAAUUUCGUAGCUGCGGAAAAGGAGUUGCGGGAUGCAGUCGAGCAGCUGAAUUCCGGCAGAGUGAGCGCCGCACUCGCAUCGGAGCACAUCGAGUGGCGUUUCAACCCCCCACAGGCGCCCCAUCAUGGGGGCGUGUUUGAGUCGAUGGUGAAGUGCGCCAAGCGUGCGUUGCGUGGAAUCCUGGAGCACGGAGACUGCACAGACGAGGAGCUGAGUACGGCGUUCAUAGUUGUGGAAGCAUUCCUCAACACCAGGCCGCUCACGACGAUAAGCUCAGAUCCGAGUGACCUCACCCCACUCACGCCACAGCAUUUCCUCACCAGCCAUGCCGACCUGUCGCUGGCACUUGAGGAACUGGCUGAUCAAGCUGAUCGCGUGAAUCCAAGACAUCGCUGGAAAGCAGUUCAGCGACUGAGUAAGGACGUCUGGGACAGGUGGCUGAAGGAGCUCGUCCCAGCGCUCAACCUGCGUCAACGAUGGCGCAAUCUGCACCGCAAUGUACGUGUUGGUGAAGUAGUGCUAUUCUUGGAACCUGGCACUCCAAGAGGGAAGUGGCCGCUCGCAAGAAUACUGCAAGUGUACCCAGGCAAAGAUGGCAACGUACGGGUGGUCGACAUUCUCGUCCGCGGCAAGACCUACCGCCGACCAAUCAAUGUGCUCGUCCCACUGGAGGUGGAUUCUGAGUAAGCCACCAGUACUGUGCUCGUUCUGCAAGAGGUGGAUUCUGAGUAUGCUGUGUUAGUGUUAGUAUUGUGCUCGUUCUGCAAGACGUGGAUUCUGAGUAUGCUGUGUUCGUAUGAGCUCGUUCCGCAAGAGGUGGAUUCUGAGUAAGUUAUGUUAUCUCUAUUGCCUCACUCAAUCACUGUUCGUGAGGGAGGGUGGUGAUGUACAGAACUAUCACAUGUCACAUGUUGCACGUUGAUACUAUUAGUGUAUUGUAGUUACGAUUUGUGUACAGAACUGUCACAUGCUGCAAGGAGGGAGUGUGCGAGAUUUACGAGUGUGAU